AGGGGGAGGAAAAAAUAUUCAGAACCAGGAAAUGCAGCCGUUUCCAAUAUGGAGGUACCCAUGAGUUUUGAAGGAGACUUGUUUCAUCGUCUCAUAUUCUUACUGUAAGGCAAGUAUUGGAAGUAUUGGCAAUCGAAUAUCCCUUAUGCGUAAAGCUGUUAAAUCAUGCACACGAGCCCACAUAUUGCUGCUAAGACAAGGAUCAACACUACGCAUUUGCAAUGAACUGCGCUCGCUGUCUACUGCGGCUGCAUAGUUUGGGCUUCUUAGCCCCCUCUGCCAGAGGCUCUUUCCAGCACACUGCCUUGAUCCAGACAUCCUCAGUGCAUACAAUAGCAACAGCCCUAAUCCCACACAAGACUAAUUGUCAGAUCAGAUAUGUAGCAGAGAACGUUUUUUCCUGUCUCUACCAGACACGGAGGCAUUUCCAUGGCAGCCCAGCAUGUGCAAAGAACCAGCCUAUGACAACAGACCACGGAGAGGAGGAGGAGGAUGGCAAACGGAAGAACCGGUCUCUGGUAACCCACGACGACUUGUUUGAGAGAGCCUCCAAGGAUGCCAAAUCCAAAGCUACCUUUAACAGAGUGGUGGAGGUCUUCACAAGGAGGGACAUUCGACGGAGGGGUCACGUAGAGUUCAUAUACGCUGCCCUGAAGAAGAUGCAGGAGUUUGGUGUGGAGCGGGACAUCGCCGUGUACAACAAGCUGUUGGAUGUGUUUCCUAAAGAGGUUUUCGUGCCCAGGAACUUCAUUCAGCGCAUGUUCAACCACUACCCCAGACAACAAGAGUGUGGAGUACAAGUGCUCGAGCAAAUGGAGAACUAUGGCAUCAUGCCCAACGUGGAGACGAAGGUCCUGUUGGUCCAGAUCUUUGGGGAGAAGAGCCACCCUAUCCGAAAGUUCCAGCGUCUCAUGUACUGGUUCCCCAAGUUCAAGCACGCCAACCCCUUCCCCGUCCCCCUCCAGCUCCCGGAGGACCCCGUUGACUUGGCACGCCUCAGUCUGAAGCGCAUCGGCAACGACCUCGAUGCCAAGGUCACCGUCUACCAGAUGCCGUCUACGGACAUCUUGGAGACGGGAGAGGAGAUCACACUGCCUCACGUCGUAGGUAUCCAGAGCCCAGACCAGAAGGAGAUGCUGGCGAACCACAACCCCGGCAAGCCUGUGUUUGUGGAGGGACCCUUCCCCCUGUGGCUCAGGAACACAUGUGUCUACUACUAUGUGCUGAGGGCUGAUCCCCUGCCCCCAGACGAACAGGUUGAAGAGCCGUACGACCCAGAGAGGUGUUUUGAUUACCCGCUUCAGUUGGACCUGGACCUGGACAGGGACAUGGGGGAUGAUACCAGCUUCCAUGUGGACAAAGUGGAGGAGGGCCAGGUGUAUGCCAUGUGCAUGUCGGGCCAGGGAGACCAGGCCACCCUCAACCAGUGGAUCUCCGGCCUCCAGGAGGCCAACCCCAUCCUGGGCCGCAUCCCCACCCUCUUCCGCCUGGACGCUGGGCCCAGGGAGCUCCAGGGGGUGGUUGACCCUGAUCCAGGGCACGGCUACGAGGCUGACCCAGAGAUGGAUGCCCGUCCCGGGGAAGAGGAACCAGGGUCGGACACUGUGGUGGUGGAGGAGGAGGAGGAAGAGGAGCCUGGACGCAGACAAGGACUGAAGCAGGGCGCAUCAGGACUAUGAAGGGGACCAGUUUGAGAACAUGUAUCUGCGAAUACAGUUAGACACAUUUUAAGAAUACCCCACUAGCAAUCUUACCACUGAUACCAUCAUCAUGUUGAUCCGCAAAUAUAAAAGGAGAAUGUGGCCUAUACAAUCUGUUGCUAUAAUCAGUUACUUUCCUGUAGACAAACGGAAGUGCGAGCUUAAGCAAAUACGGUAGAUAUGCGUGUCUACCCUGCUGCUGUUCAAAUUCACAUGUCGCUUUAAGUUAUUCCCCUUAGAGGAAUUUUAGAAUUUGCACUGUGUGUGAAGUCAACAAUAAAUUUCUGUCAAGAUGUGAA